CAGUUGAAUGCAAUGCAACACUCAUUCCAAAUCAGGGGCGGACAGACCAUUUGGGAACUUGGGCACUGCCCAAGGGCCCGGGGUCAGUAGGGGGCCCCAUGAGAUUCCCCUGGUACAUAGGCUUUUUGGGGUGUGGUUUGAGUGUGGACGAGGACACAGGGGCCCCAUGAUCCCCUAUUGCCCAGGGGCCCCAUGAGUUGUCAGUCCGCCCCUGUUCCAAUUAUAUAUAAUUGAACAGUCCAGUGUUGCAGCACUCCAUUAUCAGUAAUCAAAACCCAGGUUCUCCCCAGAUAGAUGACCUUGCAGAGCACCCUUUGGGGU